AUGCCUCAGAAAAUAACCAAUAUUACUAUGAUAAUGGAAUUCUUGCUCAUGGGAUUCCCUGAUGACUGGAUGUUACAGAGACUGUAUGUAGUCCUCUUCUUCUUCAUUUACCUGACAGCACUGAUGGGGAACUUCCUCAUUGUCACCCUCACCACUACUGACAGGCACCUCCAAGCCCCCAUGUACUUCUUCCUGAGGAAUUUGUCCUUAAUUGACAUAUGCUAUAUUUCUGUCACUGUCCCCAAGUCAAUCUUGAACUGUCUAACCCACAGCUAUUCCAUCUCUUUCCUAGGAUGUGUCGCACAGGUUUUUCUUGUUAUGUUUUUAGCUGGCACAGAGUAUGCCCUCCUUAUAGUCAUGUCCUAUGACCGCUUUGCUGCCAUCUGCCAACCUCUGCACUACGAGACCAUUAUGAACAGAGGUGCCUGUGUGCAGAUGGCAAGUGCAUCAUGGCUCAGUGGAUGUAUCUAUGGAUGCAUUCAUGUAGCAGGUACAUUCUCUGUCAAUUUCUGUGGGCCUAACUUAGUUCAUCAGUUCUUCUGUGAUAUUCCAUCAUUACUGACACUUACUUGUUCUGGGAAGCAUAUUUUAGAACACACAAUUAUCAUUGCUAGCUGCUGUUUUUCUUUUGCAUGUUUUAUUUUAAUAAUUGUUUCCUAUGUUAACAUUUUCUCUGCUGUCUUAAAGAUUUCAACUAAUCAAGGCAGGCUCAAAACUUUCUCUACUAGCAUGCCACACCUCACUGUGGUGACCUUGUUUCUCUCUUCUGGAAUUAUUGCAUACAUAGUUUCAGCCUUAAGAUCCCCGUCAUCAAUGAACCUCUUUAUAUCUGUUUUAUAUUCCUUGGUACCUCCUACUCUAAAUCCUGUCAUUUACAGUCUGAGAAACAGGGACAUGAAGGUGGCCCUUGGCAAAAUGUUUGGUGGAAAAUGGGCUCUAAGAUUUAAAUGUCUUAAAUAUUAA